CGAGGGUGAGUGAACUGAGAACAAAACGUAAAGUUAUAAGCCUAAACCCAAAAAUAUCUUAAAACCCUAAUUUUUCCCCUCUCUCGCACUGCUCUCCUGUCGAUACAAUAAUGGCGUCGCCUUCCUUGGACGAGGAAACAACGAAGGAAGUCCUUAGACAGGUAGAGUUUUACUUCGGUGAUAGCAAUCUACCAACGGACAAUUUCAUGAAAAGGACGAUUAGUGAGAGCGAGGAUGGCAUGGUUAGUUUGGCUUUGAUAUGCUCAUUUAGUCGUAUGAAGAAUCAUCUAAAAUUGGCCAAUGUGAAACCCGAAGAGGUGCCUGGAGAUGUUGUGAAAGCCGUUGCUGAAACUCUUAGGAAAUCGACUUUUCUGAAAGUCUCUGAAGAUGGAAAGAAAGUAGGGAGGAUUAAUGCCCUACUGAAACCAGAAGAGUUGAUGGAGCAGUUGGACAACAGAACAAUUGCUGCAUCUCCACUCGAGUAUCAAGCUAAGAGGGAAGAUUUGGAGAAUUUUUUUGGUCAAUAUGCCAAGGUUAACAGUGUGAGGAUGCCUCGUCACGUAGCUGACAGAAGAGUAUUUUGUGGCACUGCUCUGAUUGAGUUCUCGACAGAAGAAGAAGCUGAGAAGGUUUUGAAGCUAAGUUUAGCUCUUGCAGGAGUUCAGCUGGUGUUAAAGCCAAAGAAGGAUUUUGAUGCAGAAAGAGCCGAACUAUCAGAGAAAUUGGAAAUUUCUAAUCCUGCAGGGUCAAAUCCUGACCACAAUUCAGAUGCAGAUGCCAAUCCUGAUGUUUGUGGCUACCCAAAGGGCGUAGUUGUCGCAUUUACGUUGAAAAGCUUGGUAGCUUCGGACUCUAUGGCGCAUAAUGGUACUCAUGACUCCGUCAAAGAAAGUGCAAAUGGUUGCAAAAUAGACGGAGAUAUGAAUUCUUCAGAAAUCUCUACUAGUAAGAAUAAUGAUGAGUUUUCUGAAAAUGCCAAAGCUGGUGAAGAAAACCCUACUGACAAUAUUACAGAGAAUAAGGAGGUAGACGAAGAAAAUGGCUCAGAAAAUAAAGGAGUUGAGGGUGAAGAGGGAGAUAAAUUGCCUGAAGUCCUCAAGGAAAAGAGUGAAGAGAAAGUUGAAAAACCAACUGCAAAAUCUUAUAAAGACAACAAGGAUGUGGUUUUACGCGAGGAUAUUAGGGAAGUUUUUCAGAAGUAUGGCACUAUCAAGUUUGUUGAUUUCUCGAUGGGAGCAGAGUCAGGUUACAUCAGAUUUGAACAAGCUGAAGAAGCACAGAAAGCUCGUGCAGCUGCUGUCCUAUCUGAAGGAGGCCUUGUUGUGAAGAAUUUUGUUGCCACUUUAGAGCCAGUAACUGGUGAGGCUGAAAAGGAAUACUGGAGCAGAGUCCGGCAGGGAUUCAAGGGCAACCGAGGGAGGGGAAGAAAUCCCAGCAGGGGAGGGAAAUAUGGCCAAAAUCGCCGCCGCGCUAGAGAAAAUGAUUCUUCAUCAGGCCGCUCGAAUAAAGCUCAAAAGGUUGGAGCAGAAUGAGUGUAGUGAACAUGACUCAGUUUUGAGAUCAAUUUUUGUGCAGCACAAUUGGAGAAUAUGCAUGAAGGCCUAUGCCUGCUUGAUCUCCUGGUUACUUUUGUGAACUGUACUUUAUUAUUCAUAAGAUUCAAAAAAUGUUAGCUGAAUGAUUUCAGUUUUUAUUUUUGGAAUGAUUUCGACUUUUUUUAUAAUUUAUUUAUAUUUGCUAUAUAUGAAUGUACGUGGAAUUGACUUUUUGGCAGUACCUUAAUUAGGGGUGGCAAAA